CUUCUUCAGAAAUACAUUUGGAGAACCAAUUUAUCUAAUCAGAGUGUUAGAUUUCCAUUAACAACAAUGGACAUUGUGCUAAUGUUAUAUUUACACGAGACAAACGACAGCUGAAGUCUCACAGCAUGUUAGAACAGUCCGUAAAAACGAAACGCGUCUAUCGGAUCGGUUGAAUCGUUAUCGUCAAGGCGAGUUGGGCGAAUUUCGUAUCCGGCUCGCGUGACAGCGGCUUAAGGCGCUAAAAUAGAGCCUGUAUAGCAUCGAUGUAGUCGACACGUCGGUGCCAGAACGCAGUUACGCAUUUAGUCUUUAACUGGAAGCAUCCGCGGCCGGAACAAGCGGCCGCCGAUCCCGUGACCGACGAAAACGCGAAUUUUCCUCGAUCGAACAGCGCGAAUCGUCUCGUCUGGGCGAUCCUUUCGUGGAAAACGAAUCGAUUCGUAGCCGUGAAACGACGAUGUGAAGCGUUUUCGAGGCUAGAGGAUGCAACAAGUGCGUCGCGGAGGAGAGCAGUUCACGAAAAGGGGACGUCAUGUAGAAGCUACCUGCGUUGCCAAUUGCGUCCACGAAUCGACCGCUUGAUCUCCGCGCUGCCGCUAAUUACCCUCGCAAUCAGCCUCGAUUCAACUUCGUUUCACGCCUACGAGAUCAUCGUUUGCAACGAAAGGAUCCGCCGUAUGAACGCGACUGUAGAAAAACCGUGAGUGAAAGUACACACAUCAUAGUAUUCCCUUCGUUCGAUCGUUCUUCUAUAAUCUUUGAUUACUUCAUCGUUCGGUUAUUUCGUCGAUCGACGAGCUAUACUUAUCAGAACGAGACACGUCUCUGUCCGAUUUUUCAAUCUGUUCGCCGAGUCUUUUGAUGCGUCGGAUCGGACCGACGAGAAUCGAAAAACACUCGGAGAAAGAGUUCGCGAAUAGAAAUCGAGAAUCCAGGCGAGGUACGGGGAAGAUUCCCGGUGUGGAAUGGAAAUCAAAAGAAACGAGCCUCGGCCGGACGAACUCGAGGAAAAUCCGUUUCUCUGGACGAUCUGUAAAACGGGUGUCCCUCGAAUAUUGGCCACGAGUCUGUUCGCUGUCGGUCGAUACUGCGCGGACCAAUUGCCAAAGAAAAUGGGCCUGGGCAGCCUUCGGAUCCUGGCCGCGUUCCUAGUUAUCGUAAUGCCCCGAUCGCUGACUUACAUUCUCCUGUAUCCGAUUUUCAGAUUAGUGUUUGGCAAUUUGUAUCCGGCCUACGCUUCAUACAAGGCAGUGAGAACGAAGAAUGUGAAAGAAUACGUGAAAUGGAUGAUGUAUUGGAUCGUGUUCGCGCUGUUCACGUGCGCGGAAACAUUCACCGACGUCUUCUUCAGCUUUUGGUUCCCGUUUUACUAUGAAAUCAAGACUAUCCUGGUGAUCUGGCUGUUGAGCCCGGCCACUAAAGGCUCGAGCAUUCUCUACAGACGCUUCGUUCACCCGGCUUUGAUCCGGCGCGAGGCUGAGAUCGACGAUGCCUUAGCACGCGCGACGGAGCAAGGUUACUCGGCGGUGUUGCACCUUGGAUCGAAAGGUGUGAAUUAUGCUACCACGGUUCUCAUGCAAACCGCUAUCAAGGGCGGUGGUGGUCUGGUACAGCAUUUAAAGAAGAGCUACAGCCUGAGCGACCUGACCGGCGAGAAAGAGGACGAGAAUAGAAACACGCCGCACAUGCACGACGAGACGGACAUGGAAGUGGAACCUCGUCGAAGAGAGCAUGUGGGAAGAAGAGGGUAUAGUCCUCGUCGGACACAGUCCAGCACCAAUCGAGUGGAGAUGUAUUUUUCCGAAGUGGACGUUGACGUUCUACAGCCAAGGUCUAGGGAGCCAACAGCUAGCUUAACUAAUAUAAGAUCUUCGGACGACAUCUCCAGCGGGUACAGCAGCGGGGAAGCGCUACAAUCCAGCCGUACAUCUCAAGGCGAUUCGUUGGUUCGAACAUCGAGCGUCGGUGCAAGAACACGCGCAAAACCUCGCUCCACCACGAAGAAGACCCCAGAGGACUCGGGAGAGGAUUCCGACAGCAUCGAUCCUCCUUCCUCCAAAAAUGUCUCAUUUCCGACACCUUUGAAUCUCAUCACUCCUGAACAAGCUCUCGAGAUCUUGUUUCUACUCUCGAAAAACAGUAACGUUGCUGAUUAUAUGAAAUUCGAUCGUGGCACCUUUACCGCAGGUAACGAUGAUUUAUUUAAAAGUACCAGUCAAUCAGGCCCGCCGCAACUAGAAAAAAAAGAAACGACGGAAACGAUCGAUAAUUCACGGCCGGAGCCUACCGAAAACACGAUAGAAAAUAUUACGAACAAUUUUACUCGUGACGAAGCUUCUUCCGAAAAAUUAACCGAACGAUCAACACGGACUGUAACGGAUGAACUCUGUCAGGAUAAGUUCGACGAGCUGAAACAACUGUUAAACGACGCUCGCAAGGCGGUGAAUAAUAUCGUCCAUACGCAGGAAAAAUUGCAGCGUAGCGUUACACCCGUCACUGAGAGGUUAUCCUCGAAAGACUCGUCGCAGAAUGUGGACGUUGAAACAGCGAACGAGAAUGAAAACGUAGGAAAAGAUGGCGAAGGCGCGAAGGCAUCGUCAGAAAGAACAAAAGAAGUAGAAAAUACAGCUGACGACAAAGACGCGGUAAACAUGGCUCCGGAAUACGACAGCGCCAGCUACUUGGACGUUUGGACAACUCCGAGUGUGUCGCGUAGUAAUUCCGACAGUCUUGGCCGAGCUGGUAAGUACAACAAGAGACCAGCUCCCAAAGUACCUCUCACGGAGAGCGAAGAGGACUUGAACGAGACCGAUGCUCAGAGCGCGUUGAAAGCCACUUUGGUAAUUAAAACUGGAACCUUAAAGACCUUCUCAAACACCGGCACCACGAAAGACGUGUUUAUCGCUCACGCUACUGGCGCGAAGUCAAAGGGGAAGAAGUGUAAGAAGCAGCGAACAAAGGAAGGCUUCUCGAAGUUGCUCGCUAUUCCAAAAAAUAUCUUCCAUAGCGCGUUUUCGAAAGAACGCAAGGCUUCGAAAACAGACGAUUCCAGCUCGGAUAUCAGCACGUCCGACACCAGAUCGAACAGCAUCGAACCUCAGGAAACGAUUAUCGAACUUGCACCGAAGCCAUCCAGCUCCGGUCAAGAGAUAAACGUUCAGAACGACGAUAAAAGCGAGAACUACAUUUCUGACAGUUCUAACAGCUCAGACACUUACGUACUCGCGCCUAGCGACGAUAAAGAAGAUGCGAAUAAAACAGAGAACGACGAAACAAAGAAAGUUACCGAGGAGAAAGUGGAGAGCGCGAGCGUAGAAUCGCGGAUAAGAGAAGCGUCGCUGUCACCGAAAAUUGGCAAAAGAUUAGAGUCAGAUAUUUUCUAAAUGCUGUCGUUUAAUAUCGUAUAAGUUAUAAUCGUGUACGUUGCGAGAGUUAGACGGGUCUCAUUGACUGGUUUUCGUCGACGAUUUAAGUAAACCCAAUAUCAUCGCUCCUUCCUAGUCCUUUUCGUCCACUUUGUCGUACCGAGGAAAUCUGGAGAGAAGAAACGGAUUAGUUCGUUGGUUCAGAUCAUAACAAGCUUCGCUACCCUGCCCCGCAGCAAGAAGACAAGUAAGAAGAAGGUGGCAUGAAAUUUAGAAACUGCUGCUGAUCGUAUCAAGGAAUAAGAGCAAGCCUUUUCUUUCGACUUAUUUGAAUUUCUACGUGCAGCGAUAAAACGAUCAGCAGCAGAGACAACUAUAAACCUAUGAAAAUGCAUAAUGCAUCGCGCGACAUUGUGCCCUAGCACUAACGUUACACGAUUCGUUUGUAUAUAGUUUCUCUCAUAAUUUCUAUUUCAGUUUCGCAAGAACGUGAUUCUCAUCGAUUGUAAUCGAGCAUCUAGUUAAAUAGGCACAGGAGAAUUUGUCCUGUUCGUCGGGUUACAUUAAAAAAAGCAAAGCAACGAUAGAGUAAAAAGGAAGAGAAGAAUCAGCCAUUCGUAACCGAUCUGUAACACCGUUGCUCACAGUCAUCCAAGAGGUUCUUUGAUACUUCUGUAUUAUGCUUUUUAUCGCGUAUCCCGAGACCCGUGUGCGUAACGUCAUUUACACGACCAUACACUACGGUUCUAAUCGAGUUUUAUAAUAUAUAGGUACACGCGUAACGAUAACGGGGGAAGGAAAACUUCCGGUGUUUAUCGCACUCGAUCAAUGUUGCUUACGAUCAAGCAUAGACUUUAUUAAUAGAGACACGUGAUUUACCGCCAAUACCCGAAAAUCGCAUGCGAUUCCAUUUCUAAGCUUUUCUAAGCUGUAGCUCUCGUGUUUCCGUCAAACAUCACUGGAUCAUUGUUAAAAAAAAAAAAAAAAAAAAAAAAAAAAAAAAAAAAAAAAAAAAAAAAAAAAAAAAAAAAAAAAAAAAAUACAAGAAGGUAAAGAAGAAGCAGAAUUAAAAGAGUCAGUUGUAUUUACGAGAGAAAGGGAUGAAUUUUAUGAAAUCUAGUCAACAAACAAAACGUACUCAGACAACUUUCGAAUAGUGCCAGUCAACUUUCUACGUAUAAUUUGUCUAUAUACAUACGUAACUGUAGCUAGCAGAGAUAGGGAGACGUGCGGUGAUCGAUGACCGAUAAACGACCGUAUGAAACUAUACGAUCAUUGCACUUUUUCACGGGAAUUAGAACUCGCGAAGCGUUGCAUAACGUUCGUAACUGUAAUAAGACCGUAGAGAAAUUUGUAAGAUCCCGUUGACGACCAGCCACUUGUCCUAUGAUUUUGAAAUCUUAAGGUUCCACGUGACAACAGUCCGUUUACGUGUACUUUCGUUCGAACUCGAGUCGUGAAACAGAACGAGACACGAAAAGACGCGCAACGAUCUGCGCUUCCCUUAAAGUCUGAAUUUUGUUAGAUCUGGAAGAUUGUUGGAAUCGAAUGUUAGCCUCGAAUCGGCUUUAUUUCAACGUUGAAGCACUUGUUUCCUAGCGAUGAAAGAGCGCGAGCGAUUGAAAUUAGAAAUCAUUGAAACAUAUGCGAAUCUUUGUCAGAGUGAGGUGCAUGGUAUUAUUUUUUGCUUGAGAGUUGGCAACUAUGACGUGAUAACUCCUGUUUUAAUAUAGAAUGGCAUCUGUUUAUAAGUUGUUUGCGCGCACGGUAUACCGAGCAGAAAAUUUACGCACAAACGCUGUAACUAUCUCGAAGGAGAAUUGUAACGAGCAAUUGUCCAUCUUAUCGAAUCCAUCGCAUAUGUGAUUUAUCGACCUGUACUUUAAAUGGCCACUGCGAACACUGAGCAAAAGAUGCCACUCGAGGACGUAAUAUUAUCGUUCAGUUGAGAAUUUGUUGUACGAGUGUAGUUGUUGAUUUUGUUAGAUCGUAAGAAGAGAAUGCAGCUAAUGCGACGAUCGUCUUCUUGAAAAUUUCGAAAUACACCGCAGGAAUUGUAGAUAUAUUUAGAGGCGAACGAAGCUUCGAGUUAAAGAUUUCAAAGGCUCGUAAAUAUCUCUACUUAGCAAGUCGACAUUUGCAUUCGUUGCAUUUUAUCAGAUAAUAUAACAAAAUUCGACGCUUGUCAAAGGAAAUUAGUUUAACUGUAACUUACGCGUAUCGUUAAUUCUUAACUAUCUGAAUACCUGACCGCGACUGUACGCGUGCGAAACUAAAAAGCAACAUGCUCAAUCUUAAGAAUCUUUGACCGUGCUCGAUAGGAGAAAACUCGUAAAAAUUGUUGCAGUAUCUCGAUGUUGUUCGAGCUUUCUUCUUUCCAAUUUUAAUAAGCCUUUUUGGUGCGUCGAUAAUGCACCACGAAAUUACGUAUAUGGUGCUGCAAACUUUUUAAGUUAUUUUAUAAUUAUAUAUCUUAGCAACGUAUAUAUAAAUAUAUAUGUAUAUAUAAGGAAGACAUGUUCUGAAUGUUAAGAAGACACCUUAAACGUUAUGAAUUAUGUGGAUAGAUUGGUUAACAGUAUUUCGGUUUAAGUAUAUCUGUAGUCAAUAAAGUCAGAUUAAAGUAUGAUA